UCGCAACCCAGGUUCAAGAGGGAUAUCACCACCACCACCUCCAUUCCGUCCAUUGCAAGAUGAGCUCUCUCCGCUUCGCUCGCUCUGCUCUCAGGGCUCGUCCCUCUGCUUUCCGCGUUCCUCUCCAGCGCAGAGGUUACGCCGAGGCUGUUAACGACAAGAUCAAGCUUUCCUUGACCCUGCCUCACCAGACUAUCUUCAAGUCCACUGGCGUUGUCCAGGUCAACAUCCCUGCUGAGUCCGGAGAGAUGGGUGUCCUCGCCAACCACGUCCCCUCCAUCGAGCAGCUUAAGCCCGGUCUCGUUGAGGUUGUUGAGGAGGGUGGUGCCAGCAAGAAGUUCUUCCUUUCCGGUGGCUUCGCCGUUGUGCAGCCUGACUCCCAGCUGAGCAUCAACGCCGUCGAGGGUUACCCCCUUGAGGACUUCAGCGUUGAGGCUGUCCGCUCUCAGAUCGCCGAGGCCCAGAAGAUUGCCAGCGGCAGCGGCAGCGAGCAGGAUAUUGCCGAGGCUAAGAUCGAGCUUGAGGUUCUCGAGACCCUCCAAGCCCACCUUAAAUAGAUACCUGAUGUACAUAUCCAGUCGCGACCUUCAACCUGACCUUGUAGAAUUAAGCCAAUUCUCUUGAAA